UCUCCCGCUAAUUUUGACUACUGUUUAUUUUCUGAGAUUUGGAUGUAUCAGUUCGUUCAUUUUUAAUUCUAAUAAAAGAUGUCGAGCCUCAGCCAUGAUUUAAAGCGUUGGGCUGUUGAGGAACUUGAUCUGCCAUUAGCCAGACUCCCUGAUGACGGAUAUAUAAAGACGUUGUGCGUUGGUCCCGGAGCUUCCAUUUGGAAAUAUAUCACGCAGCAUGUUUAUAAAGAGAGGAAUGUUCGGGUCAUGCGGGGGAAUCUUCGGUGGUACCAAGUUUUACAAGAUGAAGAGCUGGAACAGUUAACAAAUCAGAAUACAGAAACAAGAAGACUUGAGCUUCAGAGAGAGAUUAAUGCACUUCAGACUGAACUUGCUCAACUGGACACAAAGAUCAGUCGGGUGGAGGAUCAGCUUGCUGCUGAAGAGCAGAAUGUGAACAGGAACUGGGAGGAAUUUAUGGAGAACAGGCGGAGAAGUUUGCUGUUGGAUUCCUUUAGGCAACGCUGCACUGAGGAUAGAAACUUUGUUCUAGAGGACACGCGUAUGAUUGGCACCCAUCAAUAUGCCCUGGAAGAGCUGUCCAAGAAAGCAGAAGUGAAGCAGGUGUUUGGGCCAUCCGGCAAUACAAAAUGUGGAAUUGGUGCAGAUCCUUUGGUUUUAAGAGAUAUCCGAGACCUCUGUGAUGAUAGAGUUUUCUUUUUCCAAUGCCUGCUAGAGAGUGAACUGACAUCAAAUUCAUCGACUGAAUUUACUCAUGAUCAAAGGAAUGCUAUGAUCCAGCACUGGGUGAGUGCAGUGGAGAACAUCCUACACUCCCACCCUCCAAACCAAGUGCUCUCAGCUCUUCAAGCUCUGACAUCCAGACAGCAGGUGGCAUUAGAGGAGAAGAUUGCAUCUUUUGAUGUAGAGCGGAGCAGUGACGGAUCCGCUUUAGGGUUUCAUUACAAGAAUGAUCACCUUAUAGAUGUGUCAGCUGAGGAAGAGAAGUUACCUCCUGUCAGAAGUCUAUUACAGUCUGCCUGGGAAGAGGUGGAGCACAGUUAUAUUGAAUUAUUACAGACUCGCUGCAGACGUGGGCAGCUGAACACUGAUCUUAAUGCUUUGAUGAGAAAGGCAAAGGUUGGUGUGCUGGCACCAGAAACAGACCCACUAACCAGGAGUGUGUUUGAGUUGGAGAUGGAGGGAGUGAAACAGGCAGGAGUUAGAGACAGCAUCAGGGAGCAGUGUACUCUGCUACAGCUACAAGCAAGAGAAGGACAAGAGGCCAUCAGGACCCUUCAGACACAGUGGGAAAGUGUCAUGGACUUCAGACAGCUUGUGGACAGGAGACAAAAACAAAUACAGAGCCUAAUCAAGGGGAACUCCUCUGUGAAGACUGAAUUAACCACUGUCCAUGCAGAGGUUGGACAGUUUGUGCUGGAAGAACUCAGUCCUCAGUUUGGUAAAAUUAUUAAAGCUUGCGAAGGACUGCAUAACUCUGUGUCAAAAGGGGUCAUGCACUUCAGUUUUGUAUCACUGGCCGCACUGGACCGCAGGGUCAUAAAGGGGGGGAAGAAGCUACCAGCAGCACAGCUUUCCAUUCACCGGAUACAGUCUCCUGCUUUCCACAAACUCUGUGAAAGUCUCUCAUUUCCCAUGUAUAUGGCUCCAGAGGAGUUGUGGUCUCAGGCUGCAGCCCAGAGGCUGGAGCUACGAAAUUUUCACAGACUCCUUCAGCUUCUUUCAGAGUCAGCAGCAGACAUGCAGAAGCUGACGGCAGAGCUGCCCUCCCCCGAUCAUCAGACUUUGCUGCAGAAAGUGAAGAUGGUAGAAGGAGAGAUUCUGCACACGUUGCUCCCUCGGGCCUGUGAGGUAACCCAGAGGUGCUCUAAGGGCCUGCUUUAUGCCGAACAAGUAAUAACUGCUAUCACACACUGGUGGGAGCAGCCUGGUCAGUUUGCCCUGCCAGAGAUGCAGAGAGAGGGUCUGACUUUCCAACAGUGGCUACAACGAUGGAAACUGGCAACAAAGACUCCUGAUUUAGUUGUCAAGUUUUAAGAAAUGAAAAUCUUAAUAGACAGUUUCUGUACACAAGUCAUUUCAAUUUACCUUUUUAAAAUAAACUGAUUAGCAU